AUGCUCCUUCAGGGUGCUGUUGUACCCGCGCUCAUCACGUUGGUGGCCGGAGCAUCCCUGCCUUCAUGUCGAAGCCUACCUACCGACUCUUCAUGGCCCACUCAACAUUCAUGGGACGCGUUCAAUCAUUCUGUCGAUGGCCGUCUCAUCAAAACAGUCCCCAUUGGUAGCCCUUGUCACGACCCGACGUUCGACGAGGACCAAUGUAGCGUUGUUCGAAGCAAUUGGCGAGAUCCUACUUUCCAGUUUGUGACAUCCUGUUUUGCAAUCAUUAGUGUUCGUGCUCAAACACAUUCCUUUAGCGAACCCAACCCAUCGUCAAUAAUGGAUCCCAUCUUCCUAAAUAAAAGUUGUGAUCCCUUCGAUCCGCGAGACACCCCCUGCCGAAUCGGUGCAUACGUGCAAUACGCGGUGAAUGUGUCCUCACCUGAACAUGUCAUCAAAACCAUUCAGUUCGUGAAGAAACAUAAUAUUCGGUUUGUCGUCAAGAAUACUGGACAUGAUUACAUGGGAAGGUCAACAGGAACUGGAGCAGUGUCGGUUUGGAUGCAUAACCUUCAGGACAUUACAUGGACUCCCGAUUACCUCUCUUCUUACUACGCUGGUCCAGCCUUCAAAGUUCAGGCGGGAGUUCUUGGUUUUAAUUUAGCUAAGGAAGCCAGUCGAAAAGGUCAUGUUGUCGUUAGCGGCGAAUGUCCGACCGUUGGCUUCGCAGGAGGAUACAUUCAGGGUGGUGGACACUCUCUUUUAACCUCGCUUUACGGUUUGGCUGCCGACCAAACUUUGGAAUUCGAGGUGAUCACAACCAAUGGCGAAUUUGUUACUGCCUCUCCUACGGAGAAUCAAGACCUCUACUGGGCAUUAAGUGGUGGGGGUGGAGGUACCUAUGGAAUCGUAUGGUCUGUCACCGUUAAAGCACACCAAGACCAUCCCAUCACGAUUGCAUCGCUGAAUUUCACAUCAGAAGACAAUACCCAAGAUCUCUUCUGGCAGGCUCUCGAUGCUUAUCAAGCUAGCACACCGCACCUUACAAACGCCAAAAUUUGGGGUGGUGCACAAUAUACUGCCGAGUUCUUUAGCCUGUACCCGAUAUUUGCGGUAAAAAAGACCCCUGGAGAAGUAUCGAAUCUACUACAACCUCUUCUCGGCACCUUAGAUCGGCUCGGGGUGAAAUAUACCUCAGCAGUCCAGUCCUAUAGCGGAUACGUCAAUGCUCAUGCUUCCGUCUCAUUUCUCAUCAAUUUCCCUGUCGCGAACAUAUUUUUAGGGUCGCGGUUACUCCCCAGGUCUCUCUGGGAGGAUGAAGAAAGCCUCAAAAGUGUUCAAACGAGUGUUCGAUCUAUCCUGGAAGGUGGAAUAGGCGUACUCGAUAUAUUUCUCAGGGCUACACUGGACGCUGCCGGUGAUCCCUCAAAUGCUGUUCUACCUGCGUGGAGAGAAGCAGAGAGGCACUUUCUACCUAACAUGCCAUUGAAUGAUGGUGAACCUAUCGAGGAGACAAAACGAAAAGAGGAGAGAAUGACAGAAGAAUUCAUGCCGAUUUUGAAAAGAUUAGCUCCACGUUCAGGGGCUUACGGGAACGAGGCGGAUCCUAAUGAUCCUGAUUUCAAGGAGACAUUUUAUGGCUCUAAUUACGAUAGGCUGCUCGCGAUUAAGGAUAAAUGGGAUCCUGAGCAGAUCCUGUACGGUGUUAUUGCUGUUGGCGGGGACCGAUGGUACCAAACUGAUGAAGGAAGACUGUGUCGGACUGAAGAUGACCACCUCUCUUUUGAUCCCACAACCUCACAGACAUACUUUAAAUUGUAG